AUGGCAUCCAGCAGGUCGCCCAAUUUUCAACGUUCUGCAUUACAUUCAUUACACACGAAUCACCAUGGCGGGAAUCAAUGCUGGUGACGACAAGCUCGUUUUUGAGUCUUCCGAGGCUAUCAAAGUGGCCCCAACGUUCGAGGCGCUCAACUUGAAGGAAGAUCUUCUGAGGGGUAUCUAUGCCUAUAACUUUGAGAAGCCAUCUGCUAUCCAGCAGCGAGCCAUCAUUCCAAUCAUGAGAGGUCGGGAUGUCAUCGCUCAAGCUCAAAGCGGUACUGGUAAAACUGCGACUUUCUCCAUCUCGGCAUUGCAGUCCAUCGAUUCCAACAUUCGAGAAACUCAAGCGCUCAUUUUGUCUCCUACCAGAGAACUUGCUGUUCAGAUCCAGACGGUUGUUCUGGCCCUGGGAGAUUACAUGAACGUCUCGUGUCACGCAUGUAUUGGAGGAACCAGUGUCGGCGAGGAUAUCAGAAAACUUGAGGCUGGUCAGCAGGUUGUUACGGGAACCCCUGGUCGAGUAUUCGAUAUGAUUAGGCGAAGGAAUCUGCGGACAAAGGACAUCAAGAUGCUUAUUCUGGAUGAAUCCGACGAAUUGCUCAACAAGGGAUUCAAGGACCAAAUCUACGAUAUUUAUCGGUAUCUUCCUCCUGCCACUCAGGUGGUUGUGGUCUCUGCGACACUGCCUCAUGACGUGCUGGAAAUGACGACCAAAUUCAUGACCGAUCCCAUUCGAAUCCUCGUAAAGCGUGAUGAAUUGACUCUCGAAGGAAUCAAGCAGUUCUUUGUCGCUGUCGAGAAGGAGGACUGGAAAUUUGACACUCUGUGCGACCUGUACGACACCCUCACAAUCACCCAAGCCGUCAUCUUCUGCAAUACCCGCCGCAAGGUCGACUGGCUCACGGAAAAGAUGAGAGAAGCCAAUUUUACCGUCAGCAGUAUGCACGGAGAGAUGGUUCAAAAGGAACGAGAUGCCAUCAUGACAGAGUUCCGAGGCGGACAGAGCCGAGUACUCAUCACGACGGAUGUCUGGGCCAGAGGUAUCGAUGUUCAGCAAGUGUCCCUUGUAAUCAACUAUGAUCUUCCAUCAUCUCGUGAAAACUACCUGCACCGUAUUGGACGGAGUGGUCGAUUCGGCCGAAAGGGUGUUGCGAUCUCCUUCGCCACCUUGGAGGACAUCAGAAUUCUACGUGAUAUCGAGCAGUUCUACUCCACCCAAAUCGAUGAAAUGCCCAUGAACAUCACAGACUUGGCAUAGGUACAGAAACGUCGACUAUAAAAGUAUCAGUGUAUACAGUAUGUAUGAGGGUGC